AUGAUCUAUGACGCAGAAUCGAGUGCUCCCAAUGACCGUCCAACUGUCGAACCCGAAACCCUAAAAACGAGGAAUGAAUCUCUGCCAAGACUGAUUGAUGACUCCAAUGCACAAUGCAAUGCAAUGCAUUCACUUUGCGUAACCUGCCAGACAAAGUCAACGUCAACGCUCGGAGAUAUGCAUGUACAGUACUGUACUGUACCUCGAUUCAUAUCCACAGAUUCACCUUUCGGCUGGAAUGCAGUUGUCGCAGACAACGUGGUUACAAUUCACACACACAACUUGGUGGUUGUAGACUUUCGGUCCAUCCCGGCACUGGCAACAGUAGUACAUGAAUGUCUUUGGACCAACCUCGUCUGUCGCCGCGCGAUGACGGUGCUCCAUGUUGCUGUUGGAAGGAUCGAAGAUGCUGGGCACACCGGGAUACGGCGACGUGCCUUCGUCGUCGCCGCCGCAGAAAGCGUACUUUGGGCAAACCAUCUCGACAGUGCAGCCGUCGCAGCGAGGGGCCUGGCAACUGGCGCAGGCGGCGUCGAUGACGAUAUUUAG